AUGGCAGAAUCCGUCCCGAGCUUCGCGGAGGUACAUGCACUGCUAGCAGAGUGCCACGACAUGGAGGUCGCCGCACUGAAGAGGCAGCAGUCGCCAAGAGCUCAAGUUCAGUCGCCGCUCUCUGUAAGGCAAGUGCAUCUUCCCAAGGACCGAGGCGCAACGCAGAUGGCGUGGAGUCCCGGCGAGGAGGAUGCCAAGCUGGCAAGGUCCAAUGGUCACAAACUGCAGCAGAUGCUGCAGCCCGCCACGUCUGCUCCCGAGACUGCCUUUUUGGACAUCUCCUGCGUUUUUGCUGAGACGAGUGAACGAUCCGACAUCAGCUAC